UAUUGAAAAUGAAAAAGAAAAUCUGAAUAGUGAUAAUGAUGUCAAUGCUUCAAAACAAGAUAAUGAAAAAAAUCAAGUUAAUUGAAGAUGUUGAAAAUGUUGAUACCAUGGAAAUAGUUGAAACCUGUUCAAAUGUUGAUAAUGAGGCUAUUGGUAUGUUUAUAAAACCUAGAAGUAUUAAUGUUACAAGCUUUUGGUUAUUUCAUCCUUACCAACUAAAAACAAACAUUCCAUUCAGACCUUCAAAAUUGUAUAACUGUAAAGAUGGAGAUCAUCGUAAGUGGAUAUUUUAUUGUGUUAAGAAAAAAGCUUCAUUUUGCAAUAGAAGUCUUUAUUAUGGUGAUGGUUCUGGAUCAUUUUCCAAAAGAUUUUCUGUCUGAAGAUAUGUUUAUGAGCUAGUCAGUGAUCAUGAAGAAACAAUAACACACAAAUUAAAUGUUAUUGCUUAUUUGAUAAAAAAAGCAAUAUUCCUUGGUGGAUUCGCUUUUAACACACGGACUUGGUUUAAUUAGAAAAAUACAAGUUAAAAAUAAUCAAAAUGUAUUACUUUGUCUUAUUGAUAUAUUAAAUUAAUUGGAAAGCACGGACUAAGUUAUAGAGGUAAAAUAAAUGAGGCUGCUUAUUCACUUAAUGAUUCCUUGCUUAAAUCACAUUUAGAUAAAGUUGUAAAAAUAAGUUUAAAAUGUCAUAAUGCUGUAGCCAAACAAGG